CACGCACGAGUUUCGUUGACAGUUACUAGAGCUAAGGAGCUGACACUUGGGAUGUUGAAAGCCCCACCUGGCAACCUCAAAUAUGUUCAAGUUUGCCACGUUGCAUGACACCUUUCAUUUUUCCAAGCCCAUCACCUCCUUCUCUUCCCCUUAAAAUUAAGAAAACCGCAACAUCAUCAACUUGUUCCUACGCUUGCAGUCAUUAGAACAAGGCUUACUUCGGUACUUAAAUGAUAAUAACAAGGAAAGGAGAAGGCUUCCUUUUUUUCAGAAAACUUUCAUCCAUUUUCAUGGCUUCCGCCCCAAGUCCUUUUGGGUUUUUCAUUCUGUUGGGGGCGGCAGUACUGGUCCUGACUGCUGCCAGUGUCAGCUGCACAAGUGUUGACCACAUGCCAUCGACAGAGGAGGAAGAAAUAGACUAUGCUAAGUUAAAGAGCAAGACGCAACAAGCCAAGGAUGAGAUGCAGAGCAAGACGCAACAGGCUGCAAACGAGGUAAAGAGCAAGACGCAGCAAGCCAAGGAAAAGGCAUCAGAGAUGGAGAAAGAGGCCAAGGAGUCCACAGAAUCGUGGACUGAGUGGGCUAAGGAGAAGAUCUCUGAAGGCCUUGGGUUUAAGCAGGAUGAUACCAAGGAUUCUGAUUCACUGCCCGGUACUGCUACAAAGGCUAAGGAGAAGGCCCAAGAAGUGGCCUCAGGAGCCGGUGAAUACAUUGGCGAUAAGGCAAGGGACAUGAAAAAUACAGCUAGCAAGAAGGCCGGUGACGUAACGAAUGCGGCCAAGGAAAAGACCACUGAGACCGAAAAUGCAGCGGUAGAGAAGGCCGGUGAAUUAACAAAUGCGGCAAAAGAAAAGGCUGACACCGCAUCCAAUGCAGCUAGAGAGGCUACCACCUCAGCAAAGGACAAAGUCAGUGAGAUGGCCGGUACUACAAGGGAAAUGACAAAUGAAGACAAGGACAGAGCAGCUCAGAAGGGGGAAGAAGCAAGGGUUGCAGCUGCAGAGAAAGCCAAGAAGAAGAAAGCAGAAACGGAGGAGAACCUGAGCUGGGCCAAGGAGAAAGCUAAAGAAGGCUAUGAUGCCGCCAAAAGCAAGGCCAAGGAGAAAGCUAAAGAAGGGUAUGAUACGGCCAAAAGCAAAGCUGAAGAGGCCUCGAAGUCUGCAAAGGACACCAUUGCUUCAAGUUAUGUGGCGGCAAAGCAGAAAUCACAAGAAAUCAAAGAGAAUAUAUCUGGUCGAGGCCGUGAUGAGGAGCUCUGAGAGUUGCUAAUGCCAAGGAAAGGGGUUGUUUGUUUUGAUGAGUUGGUGACUCAAAUAGCUUGGCUAAUUGCUCAAAAGGAAGUGUUGUGUGUGUGCAUUUCUAGCCCGUGGCUUAUACAUUUUUGUUUGUUGUAUGAUUUGUUUAGUUAUCACAGUGCUUUAAAAUUGGUUGCUCCUGGUUCCCAUUCAAAGUGAUGAGGAGCCGUUUUUGUAUAUACUAG